GAUGGCCACUGACCCACGAGCACAGAGACGCUCUCUCUCAUCUCUCAAGUCUCUUUCUCCCGUUGCCUAUAUAUUUAAGCGAGCGAGCGUGUGAGGGUUGGUGGCCGCUUUCUUAUGCUGCACACACACUCAUAUGUAUAUUUUAUAAAUGACUACAUACAUAUAUAUAUAUAGAUCUCAUUAUUUAGUUGAUUAAUGGGGAGGACAACAUCUUCAUUUUCUACUGCCAGUUCUUACUGUUCUUCAUCAUCAAUCCACGAUUACUGUAGCCACCGCCAUCACCGACCAGCACCCUCCGUCUCCUCCUCCGCAGCUGCUGCCGCCUCUGCUUCUUCUGAUCAUCAUCAGAUGUCACAUGGUGACGAGGGUCUUACCACAGAUCUUAGGCUUGGAUUUGCUUCCUACUCCUACUGUUCCUCCUCCUCCUCCUCCUCCUCCUCCUCGUCUGCUGGAGCUCAUCAAUAUCUCCAUGCCAGUCGUUAUAAUUCCUCCAUCUCCAACACAAUUAGGAGCAGCAGGAGGGAGAAAGGGGGAAGAAAGUCAGAUUGGCCACCCAUAAAGCAGCAGCUGAGGAGGGCACUUAACAAUAAUAAUAAUAAUAAUAACAACAGCAACAAUAAUGCAUCGUCAUCAAUUAGGAGCAAUAUGUAUGUGAAGGUGUACAAGGAAGGCAUUCCCAUUGGCAGAAAAAUCGAUCUGCUCGCCCACUCUGGCUACCCCUCCCUCUUCUCCUCCCUCUCUCUUAUGUUCUUCUCCUCACCAGUACCUUCCUUCUUCUCUUCCUCCUCAUCCUCUUCGUCAUGCCUGCCUGAUGAUCAUGAUGAGGAGCUGCAUGCAGAUCAAACAGAAAUGCAGCAACAGCAGCUGCAGUAUUAUCAUUGUGAUGAUAAUAAUAAGGACUCAUAUCAUGUGUUGACAUACGAAGACAAGGAUGGAGAUUGGAUGAUGGUUGGAGAUGUUCCUUGGGAGUAUGCUUCCGUCCUCCUUGAUCUUUCCCUACCUACCUACUUGCUUAAAUUGCUUUUUAUUGAAUCAAUUCAUUAAUUCCCCAUUUAAUUAUGUUGAUUAUAUAUGUUCUUCCGAUGAAAUCAUUUUUGUACAUUUUUGGACUGUAGAAUGUUCUUGAUCACCGUGAAGAGACUCAAAAUCACGAGGGCAGACAUUGCCAAAGCAACAUGAUCAUCUACAGUACAUAUAUAUAUGCGCCUCUCUCUCUCUCUGUUUUGUCCAGCUUGCAGAGUGGCCGGGGAACAACAUAUAGAAACCCAAAAAAAUAGGCUACUGUAACUUUUUCUUUGGUUGAAAAUUUCUUUGUACCUAUAUCUUUUCCACUCGGAUUUGUAAUUUUAUAUAUAUUUUUAAUUUUUUAUGCCAUUGGCAUUUGAGAAAAGAGUCAAAUGAGUGGCCUUAAAAUUUAA